AUGCAGGAGCCUGAACUUACUGCAAAAACACUGAGAGCCGUUCUUCACUCCUUUAAAAAUGGCGUACCUUUGUCUGAGCUUCAGGGCGAGUACAAAUCCCUGACUGGCGAGUGGAUUCCUUUCAGGCACCUGGGACAUGACACACUGGAAAGCUAUUUGGAGAGCAUCCCAGGAGUGGUCAGAAUGGAAGGGAACAAAACGGGAGAGGUCAUUUGCCAUGCUGUUGCUUGCAGUGAGACUGCACCAAUUGCUCAACUGGUGGCCCGGCAGAGGAGUUCCAAGAGAAAAAUGGGACGGCAAGUGAACUGCCAGAUGAGGCUAAAGAACACAUCUCCAGUCACAUUAGCAGGAAAGCCCAAAGGAACUUUGCGACAGCCCAAGACUUUGAGCAUGCCAGAACAAGGCAGCAAGAGGCCUGCUCCUCACCCACCACGAGGCAGAGGAGUGGCAUGUGGAGUGGUGAAACCUACGCUGGAGAGUGCCCGGUUUGCCUUGCCUCCAGGUGCUGGGACUGGAUCAUCUAAAGAAAUUCCCAUGCAGAGGCAUGUCACUGUGGUGAACAGGUCUGAGAAGAGACUAACUGUCCCAUCACGGUUUCAAAAAGAGUUGCAAGUUCACCUGUCCAGAAGCUCUUCUAUAGAUUCAAAUGACAACUUGAAUACGCCUGUUGCGGAGACACAUUCUGUUGCCUCUGGCCCUUCUGCUACUCAUAUCAAUGAAAUUCAAAGUCGCAUUAAGGAGAUCCUGAGCAAGUGCAGCAGUGGUGUCUGGGUGUCAAAGAUGCCGCAGAUCUACCGGGAAAGGUACUGGGAAGAGCUUAGCACAACAGUGCUCAAUCAACUUGAGAAAUGGCCCCAUGUGUGCACAGUGGAGAAAGUACACAGAGGUGAUCAGAUUGAUGGGCUUCUUUAUCCUGCUAAGAAAACAGCACCUACAGCAAAAAGUGAUACAGACCAAGAAAAGACAUAUCAGAAUGUUUCUUCAAAAGCUGACCCCUUAUUAAAACAAAAUGCGGAGACCACACCAGCAUCUCUUAGUAGUGACUUCAAGCAGAAAGUUGUUAACAUCUUGCUGAAGUAUUCCAGUGGUCUUUGGGCUAAUGCGCUUCCCAAACUGUACCAAGACACUUACCAAGUAAAAUUUCCAGAAGACAUUCUAAAUAACCUAGAUUUGCUCUCAGAUGUAUGUGUAGUGGAUUAUGUAUCUGAUGUUCCCAGGAAGGCCAUCCUAUACGCUAAGCCCCAAAGACGCCUUGAUGAAAAUCUGAAUGUCACUGAGAAAGUCCAGAAGCAGGAUGGUACGAAGGCCACGGCUGAACAGCAGUAUGAAGGAUCCAAGGGCCAAUAUCCAGAGAACAUAAGUGUUCCACCUCUAAUCAUUCCAUCGGAAGGAUCUGUGUCUGUCCUCGUGAUAGAACUAAAAAAUACUAAUGACGUCCUAAUUAGGUAUGUGGGUAAAGAAUAUUCUUCUGCCCAGGAACAAAUGGAAGAUGACAUGAAAGCAUACUACAGUCAGAAUAGUAGAGUGUCAAUAGCUCAGUCUCUGAGCAUUGGGCAACUUGUUGCAGUACAUGCUGAAGAAGACGCCUGGUUGCGUGCUCGGAUUAUUUCUCUAGAAGACAAUAGAAUAAAGGUAUGCUAUGUUGAUCAUGGCUUCAGUGAGUUUGUUGAAAGCAACAGUGUGUACAAACUGCAGAAACAGUUCUAUUCACUUCCAUUUCAAGCUGCAAAAUGUAAACUGGCAGGACUGGAAGCCUUCUGUGAUGACCCUGUCCUGGUAAAAACUGUGGAAUCACAGACAUGCUCCAAGAUACUUGCUGUGGAAAUACUGGAAAAGGGUGAUAUUCCUCUUCUUGUUCUCUAUGACACUUCCGGAGAAGACGAUAUCAACAUCAAUGCUAAUUGUCUGAAGGCAUUGUAUGACAAGUCCCUUGAACUGCACCUACAGGUUGAUGCACUAUACACAAAUGUCAGAGUAACCAGCGUUUUCUCUGAUGGAAGCCUAUAUUGCCAAGUGCCAUCUAAAGGCUUGUCCAAAGUUUCUGAAAUCUUGCAGAAACUAGAAGACUUCUUCCAUUACAAGCAAACAUCUGAAUUCAAUGUAUCACUACCUUUCUGUGGCAAAAUCUGCUUGCUGUCUUCCAAAGGAAAAUGGGCACGUGUAGCGAUAAGAAUUAUUCACACCAGACGGGCACUUGAUGUGCAGUUCAUGGAUACGGGAACAGUUGGAACUGUGAAAAUAUCAGAGCUUAGAGAAAUCCCACCACAAUUCCUGAGAGAAGUAAUUGCAAUACCUCCUCAGGCUGUAAAAUGCUGCCUAGCAGAUCUGCCCCCUAACACUGGCAUGUGGACUCCAGAUGCUGUGCUGUGGCUGAGAGACACUGUAAUGAAUUGUCCUGAAUUUAGCAUGAAGGUGGUUAAACAGGAUGGUUCAAAGGGAAUUGCGCACAUUUACUUGUUCACUCCAGAGGACUUCCCAGAUGUGGAUCGUAGUGUCAAUCGACAGAUCAAAAAUGCAGACUUGUGGAAGCAUCAAAAAGAUGUUUUCUUGAGUGCUGCAGCCAGUAGGACUAGCUCCAUGAAAGUGACAAGUGAUGCUGUUUCACAGUCAACUAGUGGAAGGCUAGAGAAGAGUUCAUCUGAUCCAGCCAAAGAACCCAGCAGUACAGUGUCUACCAUUGAUAUGCCUCCACCUCUACCCUUGUCAAAGACUGGUGAGCUCAUGGAUGUCUAUGUCUCAGUGGCAUGUCAUCCAGGUCACUUUAUUGUCCAGCCUUGGAACGACCUACUUAAACUGGAAGCUCUAAUGGAAGAAAUGAUCUUGUACUACAGCAGGGCAGAGGAGAAAUCUGUGAACAUCGAAAAAAACAAGAUUUAUGCAGCUAAAAUUGAAAAUCAGUGGUACAGGGUCCUUGUGAAAGGAAUUCUUAGAAAUGGGUUUUUGUCAGUGUAUGAGCUGGACUACGGUAAACAUGAAUUUGUCAGCAUAGAGAAAGUACAGCCACUCGUGGAUAUGUUUAGAAAACUACCUUUCCAAGCUAUAACAGCUCAGCUUGCAGGGGUGGAAAGCCAGCAGUGGUCAGAAGAGGCAUCGAUAGUGUUUCGGAAUCUUGUAGAGAAGAAGGCCUUGGUGGCACACAUACAGGCAGUUAUUGAAAGCACUAACUCUUGGGAUCGAAAAAUAGUGACUUUUCUCGUGGACACAUCUCUUCCCGAUACUGAUAUAUGGAUCCAUGAUUUUGUAUCUCAAAGCCUUGUGGAAUUUUCAAAGGAUGAUUAA